ACAGAAGGCGUGGAAGGUCUUCUGCGAGAGAUUCCGAACCCGCACUUGUAGACAGCGCCCGAAAGGAUGAAGGUCCUGGUGAUGGUCGCGCUCCUGGCUGCGCUUGUCUACAGGACGUCCUCCGCUGACAUGUGCGAUGUCCUGAGUCAGGACCCCACUAGAGUCGAGAUGAUCUACGUGUGUAUCGAGGCCCUGGCUUCACCGAAGCUCAAGACCGAGAUCUACCACAGGAUCAAAACGUAUUAUCCGUGCGACAAGACGUACGUCUGCUUCGUUCGUAUAGCUUGCUUGAACCCGCCCUAUGAUGACUUUAUCUAUAGCACGCUCAAAAAGGACGGCGACUCGUUCUGCGAGUUCCGCAGAUGGAGCAAAAUUUGUCAGAAGCGUGAACCUGAAGGGACGUACGCUGUCAGAUCCAACGCCUUGGUACAAGGCCGUUACAACCUCACCUCUCUCAACUGAAUGCGUCCCCUGCACGUGCCGAGAAACUUUUAGGAUCGGUGCGGUAAAUAAAAUGCACUC